CUCUCUUCACAGUAUAAAAGGUGGGUGUUUCAAAGUGCAUCACCUCUUUGUCUUUCCAGCAGCCUGACCAGGGGGAAACAUCCCAGCCUCAUCAUGAGCAGAAACUUCCUGUCCACACAUGAGGCGCUCUUCAGAGGCGACUACCUUCUGUCCAAUAACAGGGAGUUCAAGGCAAUUUUUCAGGAUGAUGGGAACUUUGUCAUCUAUGGCUGGAAACCUGUGUGGGAUAGUGGCACUGCCAACACGGAGGGUGUCCGUUUGUGCAUGCAGGGCGACGGCAACCUGGUCAUUUACACCAGAGCCUCCAAGCCUGUGUGGCACACCAAUUCCUACGGGGACAUCAGUAACAUGUGCCGGCUCUACCUGACGGACGAAGGGAAGCUGGUGGUGAGACGAGUAUUUGAGGAGAUCUGGAACUCCUCCAACUCAAGAGGAAAGAAGUCAACUUGAAAAGUUCAGCAUUGUUUUUUCAACAAAUUCUCCUUUCUACGUAAUUAAAACCAUUGGAAGG